AUGAGCAAGUUUGUGGGGUUCCUCGUGCUGCUUCUGAUCACUGUGGUAGUUGGUGAAUAUGAUGAUCACGGUUCUGAGUAUCGUGAACAUGAGAAAGAUGGUCCAUGCGGGAAGUAUAGCAGGGUUAGAAUAUUGACGCAUGAGCUGCGUCACUGUGAAAAGCCUGCACGAGACAUAAGGGCUCCUGUUUCUUCACAGUGCUGCAAAGACCUUACAAAGGUCAGCAUCCCUUGCUUGCAUGCUGUUUUUUCUUCUGACGCCUUCAAGAAAGUUGGUGUUGAUCCCAAAGUUGAAGAAGACUGA